CGCUGGUGCUGUGUGGUGACGCGCACUACAUAUCAGACCGACUUGGUUUUUUACAGAAAGGCAUCAAAAUGUUUUCAUUCGUUUGUUGAAUAUCGAAUAAAACGGUUCCAUAAUCUCUCCCCGGGCUUAACAAGCAAAUAAAGAAAGCAAAUACAUAUAUGUUUAUUAAACAAAACUGAAACUUAUUGAAAAUUCCGGAGCUAAACAUAAACAAAAAGCAGUUACUAAAUAAUUUCAAGAGAUUUUACUUUUUAUUAAAGUGCAAGUGCAAAGCGAAUUUUGCAAACAUAGAAAAUUAAUAAAAGCGCAGAAAAUAAAAAUUAUUCACAUGAAUAAAGUACUAAAACAUUGUUACAAAGAGUGAAUUUAAUAUUUUUCCUGUAAAUUUCUGGACAGCGUUGGAUAACUUUAUAAAAUCGACAAUUUUUAGUGAGGAACAAAGACACAAUGGAUAUUACAAUAUUGCCUUCACCGCCAGCAACGCCACCAUUGUGCGAAAAACAAAUUGAAGCUGAUGAAAAACCAUCAGCACAGCAUUUACAUGAGGACAUGUUCAAAACAAAACUGCAUAUGCAGCUCAGUCAACAAAAACAACAAAAGAAACAACAAGAAAUUAUCACACCAAAUCCUUCAGACACCGAGGAUGAUGUUGAAACUCCACCUUGCAAGAAGCAGCGCUUUGAGCUGCCACAGCCCGUAGUUACACUCACACCACCUCCAGAAACACGGAAACAUAUGCGCUCACAAGGACAGCCGCAAUCUCAGCGAGUCAGUGUUAUUAUGCACGUCAAUAGCUUUGGCAUUUGCUCCACCAUCGACGAGAGCUCUUGCUCUUCGACCAUUUCCAACGCCUCUAUUGCGUCCAUCGCAACCACCACCAGUAGCACAUCCGCCUCAAAAGUACCUAUACUAACGUCCGAUGAUGACUGCAGCCAAACAAAUGUGUGGCGCAGCUUGAAAUUCAAAAUGAACCGCACGCGUUGCGGCAGUUUUUCAGCGGCAUCGUCUGUGCCGAAUCAGCGGCAGCCAGAGGACGAGCAAACAGACAUACCGUUAAAAUCUCAACCUCUUAUGGACCCACCACAAUUACGUUGCACUCUGCCCUCUGUUUCAAUCUCAGCGGCAUCCAUGCAGCAGCAACAAUACACCUCCUCUCCGCCACAAUAUCAAGUAAUAGCACAGAAAAGUAUUUAUAUUACGCCGUCAGCGUCUCCCUCCGCGUCGACAGGGAGCAAUGCUUCAGUAACAAUUGCUCCAGUCAUUCCCCCUCAAUUGUCGGUACUGAACGCUAUGAUGCAAAAUGUCACAGCUAGCCCAGCAAAAAUCGCAGCGCCAACACCCAACUUAACCCCAGUGCACAAAAUGACUGCCGCGCAGAUUGCUGCUGAGCGACGACGCAUUUACGUUUGCGAAUACCCAAACUGCGGCAAAAAUUACUUCAAAUCCAGUCAUUUGAAAGCGCAUCAACGCGUACAUACUGGCGAGCGACCGUUCAUCUGCAAGUGGGAAAAUUGCGAAAAGCGCUUUUCGCGCUCGGACGAGCUGUCGCGACACAAGCGCACACACACCGGGGAGAAAAAGUUUGUAUGUAGCGUCUGUCAGAAGAAAUUCAUGCGCAGUGACCAUUUGUCAAAGCAUGUCAAGCGCCACGGCAAGGAUAAAGCAAACGGUGUGAAUCGCAAUGUGGCUGCGGCAACAAUGGCAGCCGCAGUAGCUGCCGCCUCAGUAGCUACAAGUGGACAACAGCAGGCAGGUGCGAAUAAUGUUGUUUACAGCACCAUCAAUACAACAAACUUACGUUCAAUUGCGCCAGCGGGCAGCGCGCCAGUGACGCCGAAGCAUGCGCCGGCUCCCCUCUCUGGCCUGCAGAUACAAAUCUGCAAUGCUAACGACCUUUUGCCCAUGCGGCAAGUAGGUGCGCUGCCAACGACAUUCACUAGGCUCAUUGCUGAUCAGCAGCAAUUUCAGGCGCAGCAACAACGUUAAAGCAUAAAAACGUGGUUUUAACCUUAUUAGUUAUUAAGAACACGCAAAUAUGCAUCCGUCAUUCCAAAAAUCUAGAAUAUUAAACAAAGCUGUAAAUUUGCAAGACAGUGGUAGCGAAUCAAAUUUAGAAUAUAAUCGGGGCUAUCACUGAAUCAAUCGUAGUCCGAUUUCUGCGAAAUCUACGAGAAUGUCAUCACUUUAAUCCAAAUUGCUACGAACGGACGCAUUUGUUGUUAUUACGUAGAAUCGUUCAACGAUGUAUUCAGUGAUCGUACUGAAAGUGUGGAUAAGAGUUUUAAUUAAAAAUAAAGAAACCUUUCAAUUUCUGAUUUUUCAAAUCAUAAAUAAACUACGUUUCAGCUACCAUCCAAUGGAAAAUGAUGUAAAUAAAAGUUAAAAAUUUGCAGCGCCCCAGCAAACAUAUUCUCUAACGUUAGAGAAACGAUUGGAUUUUACAUCCGAAUUCGAAUAUAAUGUAAGGUGAGAGAACUAUGUUAGAAUUUGAUUAGAGAAUGAUUAGAAAAAUUCUAGACAUUUGAAACCAAUUAGAAUUCAACGUUAGAACACGAUUAGAUAUGUAAAUCUGUUCCCGAUAUCGCGAUCUAAUUCCCCUUAUUGUAGAGAAUGCUAUAAUUCACGACAGUUUCCCUAACAUAACAAAUAACCUGUAGUUAGUGUUAACCAGACAUUGAGAAACUAGCCCUUAGGCGUUUAGCAGAUAGUGUAUUAAAUCUGAUAAAAAUAUUUAUGUAAGAGCAGUCCAUAGAUGUUGUCAACCCACAAAACGUGUAUGUGCACUUUUUUCUUCUCGAAAUCUCUUACUUAUAGUAUGGAUGUAAUUCUCUUCACUUAAGUAGCAUUAAGGGCCAUUUUCUCAACGCCUGGUUGACAGUAAUCUCCGGUAAAACAUCGUUAUCGACGUUACGAUAGUAACCGGAGAUUAGUGUCAAUCAGGCUUUGAGCAAAUGGCUCUUAGGGCCAGUUUAUCAAUGUCUGGUUAACACUAACUGCAGGUAAAACAUCGUUAUCGACUCCUAGUUAUAUGCUAUGGAGUCUAUCACGUCGAUAACGAUGUUUAACCUGCAGUUAGUGUUAACCGGACGUUGAGAAACUGGCCCUUAUUCUGCAAUUAUCUUUUAAGGCCCGUUUGCACCAUGUCCAGUUAACACUAACUAAAGAGAUCUACAGCUUUAUGGAUCAGACGUCAGAUGCAGGGAGGCGAUAACGAUGUUAAAUUAACCAGAGAUGGGACAAACGGCCCAAAUAUUUGUAUUUGUUAAUUUUACUGCUAGCAUUUAAAAAAAGUUUACAAGAAAUGUGUAAAAAUAGUAAAUCUGUGAUAUUUAAGUUUUCUUAAUCUAAGAAAAUAUGUGCAUAUCGUUACCUUAAUGCAAAAAAUCCAUAACUGACUAAAAUUUGUAUUGCAUCAAACGAUAUGGGAACUAGUAGUUCGAUGAAAUGCAUCAUAAUCAGUUAAGUUAUGGCUUUUUGUAUUUCAACGAAGAUGUGAGAUCGGGCUUUUCUCUAUUAAGGUAACGAUCUACAGUUAAUUUAUUAACUUAUAAAUGUACAUAAACUUACUUAAUUAACUUUCUUAGUUGCAUAUAAAUAAAUAUAAUUAUGUUAUAAGAAAUAUUGGUAAAAAAGUGUGAUUUGGAAAAAACAUAAAAUAAAUGCCAAGCCUAGAAAAAUUAAAAAAAGUAUAUUGUGAAGGCAGUAAAUUAUAAGAAGGCAAACUUAUGCAUUAAAACCUUAAAUGAAAUACAAAAUAUACAUAUGUACAUACAUACA